GGAGCGCAAAGCCUUUACUGGCAUCAGUUACCUGCUUGCCUACAUACUUCUCACCCAAAGAAGUAAAGGCCGGGAAGACCUGAUUUGUCGCCGGGAGUCCGCCAUCGCGGUGUUUCUUCAGAGAAGGGGAAAAAAGAAAAGGGGGUCACUGCUUCUGCCCACCUCUCUCUCACGGUUCACCUCAGACACUGGACCAGUCACCAAUCUAACUCACCAUCGCCUGGGCGCGGCCCAUAUGCCCCGCCGAGUCAAGCCUCUCUCUCACUCUGCAGCAUGCUGAAGCCCGCAUGCGGAAACGCCAGACAGCUGCAUCACAUGUCUUUUUUCGUCCCUACUCUCUCGUUCACUCCGUACGGUUACCCCCCUCCUUGGCUGGUCCCGGUCUGAUCCAUAACACAUUGUCGGCACAGACAAUCGUUGCUAACAAUCGCCCCAUUGCGGUGCAAAUGUACAUGUCCCAGAUACUCUCUGACACCUGAUUUGGACUCAGAGCAAGCCUCAGGUUUCUCUUUCCAAAAGAAAACCCCCACUGCGUCCACCAUUCUGGAUCUGAACCGUCUCCGCCGACGCCGCCGACGAGAAAGAGCGGAUUGCAUUAGGGGUCUCGCCCGUCUUAUGUCAUCGCUCCUGCAUCCAAUCGUCCGGUCCCGUACCACAUCUAGCACCACCGACCACCACCACACUACUACAACCACCACCACCACCACCACUCCGACCACCAUUACCACCGCUACUUCAAAUAUCCUUCCCGCGGUGCCCCGACCAUCCAAUCCUCGCCUCCCCUCCCCUCGAUCUUGUCGCCCUGGAUGUAGCAGACCUCCCCUGCUGCGCGUCACCUUCUACAAAUCCGGCUCGGUCCCCCGACUCACAUCUCCGCCGAUACCUCCUACCUCUCAAUGUCGUCUCUGGUGUCCGACUUCCUCAUCAACCCGGUCCUCCGACAAGCUCGACGCUUUUCAGAGAUCUCGAGAUCAACCUUUGUCUCCGAACGAGACUCUUCGUCCGACCCUGUCGCCGUCCCGAGCGACGUGAAUAGUCCCGCAACUCGGCAUGCGAUUGUUGCGCCACCCGAACCCACUCCGGCACGAUCACUCGACAUUGCGACACUACCGCCGACCGUCGACGACGAGCAACCUCAGUCUCCGGCUCCCCUAGUUCAGAGCCCCCCAUCAUACACGAUGGCCGCGAUGCCACCUACAACACGGGAAUCUCUGCCCGCCGACGAUGGCAUGGGUGCGAUGCGAAAGCGUCUACUCGACAUCCAGUCACAAGAUAUCGCAGCAGACGACAAGGCCCGACUUAUGCAUGAGGCUCUGAUGGAGGGUUACCGCAAAUCUCGAGACACUCCCCGCCAAGGUAAUGCGCCGGCAGCCAGCGUGAUAGCAGCAGGGGAAGCAUGGGAACAGUCAGUCCCGAUUGCACCUCUCGAGUCGUUAAAGUUCUGGCAACAUGCGAUAGGAGAGCCGUCCUCGCCAGAAAAGUUUAUUCUUACCGCCGAUGAUGUUCGGCCGACGUACGCGGCUGCAAAGCUUGCUACAAGAGAAGAGCCCGAGGGUGCUGUGAUUCUUGGCUGCCAACAUUACCGCCGCAAUGUCAAGCUGCAGUGCUCGACUUGCGCCAAGUGGUAUACUUGUCGUUUUUGCCAUGACGCAGUCGAGGAUCACACUCUUGUCAGGAAGGAAACCAAGAACAUGCUCUGCAUGCUCUGCGCCACGCCUCAGAAAGCAUCAGACGUUUGCGUGAACUGCGGGGAGACUGCAGCCCGUUACUACUGCAACAUGUGCAAAUUGUGGGAUGACCAUCCAUCCAAUCCCAUUUACCAUUGUAACGACUGCGGUAUUUGCCGACGAGGAAGAGGCAUCGGGAAAGACUUCUUCCAUUGCAAGAAAUGUUGCGCAUGCAUCUCGAUAUCUAUUCAACAGUCACACAAAUGUAUCGAGCGCUCAACGGACUGUGACUGUCCUAUUUGCGGAGAGUACAUGUUUACAUCUCCCAAGCCAGUCGUGUUUAUGGGGUGUGGUCACAGCAUUCACCAGAAGUGCUACGACGAGCACAUGCUGAGAUCAUACAAAUGUCCCAUCUGCAACAAGAGUUUGCUCAACAUGCAGAGCCAAUUCCGCCAAUUAGAGCUGGCUAUACUUGCCCAGCCAAUGCCCCCUGAAUUCAGGGACACCCGCGCCACAAUCUUGUGUAACGACUGUAGCGGGAAGAGUUCCGUCCCUUACCACUGGCUCGGUCUCAAGUGCGCGAUUUGCACUUCUUACAACACGGUAGAAAUUCAGAUCAGCGGCGGAAGAGAAGAGACGCACGCGACACACGCCAAUCACGUGCCCGUCACGCCGGCAGCAGUCACGCCGGCUCUUUUAUCUCCUGCGCUUCCUACCCCCGUAACGACACAAGCAGCGGCUGCUCCGGCAGGAAUGGACAUACCGCAGGUCGGCAGGCGACGACAUUCGUCUCAUGCUGGUCCCGAGGCACGUCAUCUAAUGUUGGAUCGCUUUGCCAGGUCAGCCUCGCCAGCAGUCACACCUGGUAUGCCACCAUCAAACGCACCAAAUGCUGCCAUUGAGGAAGAAGAAGACGAAUCAGAGAAUGACAUUCUCAAUUUAUGGGGACGAGGCCAUGGUGACUCGGACAGCGAUACCAUGUCGACAGACAUGGACGAAGAAGACUCGGAGGGAGAGGAUGAUGACGAUGAUGAUGACUAUGAGAACGAGAUCAUGCUCAUCGGACAUCGGUAACCUCGGCUACGAUGCAAUCAUGAUUUAAACGAUGAGGCGCAUCUGCAAGAGACGGAUAUAAGAUUGGCGUACUGGGUUUUUGCGAUGAUUGCAUGGUUUGGACAUAUGGGUCGUCAAGGUCAUCGUGGGCAUAUUACUAGCUGGUUGGGUAAGGGUUAGUCGGCGUUCUUAGGAUAGCAGAGUUUGUCAGCCUCGGAUGGCACUGCUGGGUUGUUUCUUAUAGCCCUCGGAAACUGGGCCUUAUUUACGUUUCCAUAAUAGACAAAACUUGAAAAUGAUAAGCUAUG